AUGGCUCUCAAUCUAAACGCACCGGGCGAACUUCAGACCACUCGUAUUCAAGAUCUGCCUGCGGAAGUCAUCGACGACAUACUGUUGCUGGCGAAGCCACGGACUAGUAACGCAUGGGCAGUGAGCCAAGUGUGCCACACUUGGCGUGCGCGCUGCAUGACUCACUUCGCGAUGUGGAACACGGUCUCGUCCCAAGACACUAUCGCAUGCUUGAAAGAGGCACUUAGGCGCAGUGGAACGCAUGUACUCAGAGUAUUCAUACUCGACGACGAGUCCUCGAACGACUUUGCUCGGCGAGUACGCUUCGUGGUGAGGGUUAUCGAGAAGCGCAUUCUCCGGAUUGAAAGCAUCGAAUGCGACAUGUCAGGCAAAGACCUUUCUUACGCGUGUCUGGGUAUAGAGUUCCCAGCAGACACAGAAGCGCCUGCGCUUCGGUCUGUCAACUUUACUUACGCCGACGAUAACGCGCUCUUGCGAAUCCUUGAGGAUAUUCAUGCACCCUUCAUCGAGAACGUCCAGAUAGAUGUGAUGUCGGAACACAUCGUCGCGGCUUCCCAGCUAUGGGCGAACUCAACGCUGCGGAGUCUCACCCUGACCGAGAUGACUACGAGCGUCACCGAGCUCACAGAGUGUCUAAAGGGAUGCAAACGCCUUCAGCGUCUAUCUCUGACGCACGGAGAUUUCGGUGAGGCUCCUGUAGAGGAAGACCCACCGAUUGAGCUUCCUGAUCUGGUUCAGCUAUCGCUCGCACUCCAGCCCUUGGACAUGACGCAACUCCUGGACAAACUGGACCUCCCUAGGCUUGUGGCGACUUCUUUCACGCCCUCCAGGGUCAAUCUGGCCGGAGAGGACUGGACUCCCGCUAUGCACCCGCUUGACGAGCACAUCAAUGCCUUGAUUCGUUCAAUCCUACGCACGGUUGCGAAACCACUGCGCCGCCGCCGAUGCGACAGCAUCCACUUUGGAAGCGCGCUGAUAGUCGACGGCACAGAACCAUCUCAAAGGCCCGCGGGCUAUCCGGAUAACGCUCCCAUCAUGGCAUUCAUGUUCGAGGAAGGGUUUGCUCGGCAAUGCGGUUUGCUUAGCUUUGCCCGCGAGGUCAUGUUCGGGGUAAUCGCUAUGCAAUCAACCCUGCGGACUCUGGACAUAGCUGUCCCAACAGUCUCUCUGCGAGCCGGGUGGACCGUGGAACGCCAUUAUCCCCGGUGCCCGCGUGCAAAGUUCGCGAAGACAGAGAGCAGCAUACUCGCUGACCUGUUCACACCAAGUCUAUGGGAUGACACCUACAGUAGCCCAUUACCGUCACUCGCGUCCAUCAAGUUACGGUGUGUGUCAGAUGCACUGCAACCAGUAGCCAUACGAGCGAUAGCGAACUGCGUUAAGCGCUUUCGCGACAAGGCAAACCAUGCCAUCGACCUGGACAUCACCAUUCAAGAGCUACGAGGCGACCCCAAUUCCGACGAGAGCAACUGGGAGCUUCCGCCGGAUACGGGCAAUGACCCGCAGUGGCUGCAGUGCGGAAUCGCCGCGUCAGACUAUGAGACAAUGCCACGUCCCGAUCUAGGAGCGCUGGAAGUCGCGGGGGUCACGACCAGGAUCAGAUGGAAAGGCCCCGGAGAUAUGUAG